ACCCUGAAAAUUUUUCAAAAAUUAUUCAGAUUUUUAUUGAUGCAUAUAAGUGUGAAAAUAUUAGAGGGGUUACAGGCAAAUUGUAUAAAGCUAUUACUUCUAUGAACAAAAAUUCUACAGACUAUGUAUGACAGCGCUGGGAAAAGGACCUAGGGAUGGAAAUAACUGGUGGAGGAGUGGACACAUGCGUGGGAAACUCAAUGCUCAUCCACUAAUUCAUUGACACGGAGAGAUUUUGGAUGGAAGAGUUUGAUACGCUUUUUUAUAACACCAAAGCAGAAAUCCAAGUGGACUGGGACACAACUCCCCUGUUGGAGGGAGUGCGGAUCAACGCAAGCGGACCAUGCCCAUGUAUUUUGGUUGUGUCCACGGAUUAGACCUUUUUGGGAAAAGACAGGACGUUUACUGUCUAAUGGGAUUGUUACCUGAGGGAAAACGACAUUGAUUAGGGAUUUUUUCUUUUAAUUUUUAUUAUUCUAUUAUUUUAUUUGUUGUGGGACUAAACUGUGAAAUUUCUCUACAAUAACCUGUACCUGUUUCUGAGGUACUUAGAUUUGCCAAGACCUCAUGUUCUGUUCUCUGUCUUUUGUUGUUGCUUUUUUCUACUGUACUUGAAAUCCUGAAAAAAAUAAAGUUUAAAAAAAACAAACAAACAGGACUGACCCAGACUAACAUGACUGCCCCGGACUAACAGGACUAAGCCGGACUAACAGGACUAACAGGACUGAACCACAUUAACAGGACUGACCUGGACUAACAGGACUGCCUCGGACUAACAGGACUGACCUGGACUAACAGGACUAACAGGACUGAACCACAUUAACAGGACUGAACCAGACUUAACUGACGGAACACUCAUAACUGUUUUUACCACGAGAUGACAACACGACCCUACACAGAACAUCUUCAGGUGUUCUCUAGUCUUCAGGUGUUCUCUAGUCUUCAAGUGUUCUCUAGUCUUCAGGUGUUCUCUAGUCUUCAAGUGUUCUCUAGUCUUCAGGUGUUCUCUAGUCCUCAGGUGUCAGUUGGGUUUUCCUGCAGGGCCGAAAUGCCGAGGAGCAGGUGAAGAUGAUCCAGCAGGUGGUGACGUACAACAGCACGUUGCCACAGCAACAGAGAAUCACCAUCUCUGUGGAGAUAGAGAAGACCAGAGAGCCACUGUAUCAGCUGUUUCCUCAUGGUGACGUGGUGUUUGUCAGUAAGGACGUGGCUCGUCACUUUGGUUUCCAGACAGCUGACUCUGCUCUGAGAGGACUCUACAGUCGAGUCAGACCGGGGGCUGUUCUGAUUUGUGCCUGGGCAGAAAAAGGAGCGGAUGCUUUGUGUCCUGACGGUUCAGUCGUUCAUUCAGAUGCUUUUCCUCCUGAAUCUCUGGUGGACACUCUGGGAGCCGGGGACACGUUCAACUCUGCUGUCAUCUACACACUGUCCAACGGUGAGACAUCACACUGUCCUGCAGUGAGACAUUACUGUCCUGCAGUGAGACAUCAUACUAUCCAACAGUGAGACAUCACAUUGUCCAACAGUGGGACAUUACACUGUCCAACAGCGAGACAUAAUACUGUCCUGCAGUGAGACAUCACAUUGUCCAACAGUGAGACAUCACACUGUCCUGCAGUGAGUCAUUACACUGUCCAGCAGUGGGACAUCACACUGUCCAACAUUGAGACUUUACACUGUCUUGCAGGGAGACAUCACACUGUCCAACAGUGAGAUAUUACACUGUCCUGCAGUGAGACAUCACACUGUCCAACAGUGAG